CUCAUUCCUCAUCAAUCCAAUCCACUUUCUACUCCUUGCAAUUAAAGAAGGCCAAUUAAUCAUCUUAAAGAAGGCCAACUAAUCAUUUGGGAAUCUAAUUAAGCAUAUACUUGGUAGGCUCCAUGCAUGGCCCCCCAUUUAGUAAGCAAGAUCUAAAGAAUUGUUGCUUACUAUGUCACUCACAAUAAGGGGUUCAAUGACUCUGCGGCUUCUGUUGUCACUAUCACAACAGCUUUUUUUUAAAAAAUUUAUCAUCUUUGUUCUUACUCCUUAAUUAUAAGACCCUCAAUUGAGAUCAACACCCUAAUACAAAGAGAGCUUACUUUUUGGUGGCCUUUAGUUUGGUGUUUCAAUCAAACCCCUCUCUCUCUCUCUCUCUCUCUCUCUCUCUCUCUCUCUCUCUCUCUCUCUCUAUCUCUCUCUCUCUCUCCAAAUCUAAAACUUUGAUUCAAGAGAGUUAAAGGAUUGAAGGAGUAGUCAUGGGUGCAAUUGCUACCCAUGUAGAGUCCAAGUCCUUGGUAGGAGGGGACUACAAUGAUCAAACCUUUGAUUCAAUACCCAAACCGCCGCAAUCGAAUUCGCGUCCUAAUAGCAUGGUUGUCAAGAAGGUUUGUCCCCGCGAGUUCAUUCCACCACACAUAGUGGCUGAGGCCAUAUCAACACUCCAUGGAUUUGAUCUAAGAUGGUCCGGACCAAUAACUCCAAAUGAGAUGCAAUAUGUAGAGCAAUAUGUCCUUGCCAAGUACCCUCAAUACUCUCAAGGCCUCAUCGAAGAAGGCGAUAAGACUGAUCUGUACUCGCGGUAUUAUAGCUUGUCACCGUCGCCUGAGGACCCAACGAGUAGGCGCAAAUCUCCGACCGUAAGUAGCAAUCACCCCGAUCUUGAUCGGACCCAAUUGGAACCGUCUAGACUACUUGACAUGCUCACAAAGAGAUCUUCAUUUCACGGGAGCUUCAUAUCGAUACCGGAGAUCCAAGCACGGAAUCGUGUGUUAAGGCACUGUGGUUUAACCGACGAUGAGUACCUCGUGCUCUUCGCUCCUAGCCAUAGGGACGCGAUGAUGCUUGUCGGAGAAAGCUAUCCUUUCUUUAGGUAUAACUACUACAUGACGAUCAUCGAUGAGGAGGCCGACUGCAUACGAGAAUUUGCGAUGUAUAAAGAGGCGAAGGUGAUCGCGGCGCCCGAGUCAUGGCUAGACCUAAGGAUCAAGGGCUCACAACUGAGCCAGUACUUCAGGAGGAAGUGCAAGCAUAGCCCGAAGGGGCUUUUCUCCUAUCCGGCCGAGGUGCGGGGAACAAAAUACUCGAUGCAUUGGGUCUCCGAGGCGCACCGGAAUUCGUGGCACGUGCUCCUCGACGCGACCACCCUCGUGGUCGGGGAGGACCGACUGAGCGGCCUCGCGCUCCACCGACCGGAUUUCGUGCUGUGCACCCUUGAGAACACACAUGCUGGUCCUUCUAAGAUCACUUGCCUCUUAGUGAGAAAGAAGUCAUUUGAUGCUUCUCAAAAUCAAACCAUAUUUUAGAUGUCUAAAGAGGUUGUGAUUAAGGACAGCUUCUAUUGUAUCAAUAUUGAAAGAAAAAAAAAAAAGAGUUUUAGUUAAGUUUUGUAGGUUUGGUUAUUUGUAAAUUUUAUUAUUGAGAUUA